UCUUUAUUUCAAUUUAAAUAUUAUGAACUUAUGAGAAAUGCAUUACGUCCUGGUGGCGUUGUUGCCGCGCAAGGCGAAUGUCAAUGGCUUCACCUUAAAUUGAUCACCGAGGUUCAAAACUUUUGUCGUCAACUAUUUCCAGUAGUCGAAUAUGCUUAUACCACAAUCCCAACCUAUCCAUCAGGUCAAAUCGGUAUAUUAAUAUGUUGUAAUGAUCCAACUCGUAAUUUGAAGAAGCCGAUUAGAAAAUGGCCAGAAGAUAAGGAAGAAAAAUUAUUUAAGUAUUAUAAUUCUGAAAUUCAUGAAGCAGCUUUUAUUCUACCUCAAUUUACAAAGAGUGCAUUGAAAGCAGCAGAGGCAGAGAACAAAUAA